CCCAAACUAUCGUAAUUGUUCCGAGUCCCCGUCAUUAUGCAGCUGUCUAUCAUCACCGUCCUCGCCCUCCAGGCUAUCGGCGCCGUCGCCGCUCCUGUCGCCGCCCCGGCCGUAGACUACGCCGACCUCGCCAAGGACUCGAUUUACAUCAAGUCCGUUAACACGUACAAGCGCAGAGAGGAGGAUAAGCGCGAAGCCAGCUACGCCGACGCCGCAAAGGCCAACAUCAUCAUCAAGUCUGCUGGUACCUACAAGCGAGACGAGGAGAAGCGUGCCCCCGAGGCCGACUACGCCGACCUCGCCAAGGACUCCAUCUACAUCAAGUCCGUCAGCACUUACAAGCGUGGCGAAGAGGAGAAGCGUGAGCCUAGCUACGCUGAUGCCGCAAAGGCCAACAUCAUCAUUAAGUCUGCUGGAACUUACAAGAGGGAUGAAGAGAAGCGGGAGCCCAGCUACGCCGACGCGGCGAAGGCCAGCAUCAUUAUUAAGUCGGCCGGAACCUACAAGAGAGACGAGGAGAAGCGGGAGGCCGGAUACGAGCAGCUUGCCAAGGACUCUAUUAAGAUCAAGGCCGUCAACACCUACUAGACUGGCGAGGAAAUGCUUGACGAAGAGUAAGCGAGUGCGAUGGAAGACUUGACCAGGUCUAGGGCUUGCAAGUUACGAAUCACUUGACUUUACCACGCUCGUUAAUGCACAUCAUCGGUAUCAAUUACCCACAUCAUGCUCUACAUGUAUACAUGUGCACUUCGUCAUCCUCAUCGCUCCUAUACAAGCCCAG